AUAAUAUAUAUAGGAUACCACCAAAAAACCUUUAGCUAGCUCAUUGAUUAAAAUGUCAACCGUAAAGUACCCUAGACUACUUACCAUGGACAAAGCUGCCGAGAACUGCAUCAAAACAACACUUAAGCUCGCAAAUUCGAUCAUGGCGAUAGCCGGUAUCGCGAUUCUUAUGUAUUCUGUGUGGAUGAUAGUUGUAUGCCUACGCGAAUAUUAUAAAUAUCCUUUCUCAUGGUUUUUAUGGGGUUCUAUUGGAACUGGAAUCAUAUUUUGUUUCUUAGCAUGCAUUGGGCAUAUUGCAGCUUCUACUAAGAACAACCAUUUGCUUUCUUCGUAUAUUGUGUUUAUGUUCCUGGUUAUUUUGGUGGAGUGUUUGAUCACAGCAGAUAUAUGCCUAAAUGACGACUGGGAUAAGGACUUCCCUAAGGAUCACACAAAAAGGUUUAACCACUUCAUGCAUUUUGUGGAUAACAACAUCGACAACUUCAGAUGUUUAUGUGUGCUGAUAGCAUUCUCCCAGGGAAUUUCAUUCUUCCUAGCCAUGGUACUUCGAACAAUGCACCCCAAUCCACGGCGGAGUAUUGAAGAUGAGGAAGCCAAACAUCCUUUCUUAGAUCAUAACAGUCAACCUCCUUCACCUCUACCUUAUGCUCUUGGUCACCCUGAUCCAUAUUAUUAUCCAUCACCACCACCCUAUGUCCAUGGUUAUGGCUACACACCCGAUGUACCCGUGAUCGACAAGGGCGAACACGUAGCUCCUACUCUAAAAGCUCCUUCUAAGGAUUGUUAAUGGAACUACACUUCCACAUGUGAUUUAUGUGAAUUUUGCAAUAUUUAUUCUAGUUAUUAUUUGUUAAAAGUAUAUGUAGUACUUGCUCGGAGUAUUAAUGUAUUAUUGUUGUCGUUUGAUCUUGUUAUAAAAUACAUAAUCGGGUACA